AAAGACAUCCUCACUUCUUCUUCAUCAUAAGCAUUAUCACCUUCUGCUUUCAAGCAGUGGUUCCAUCUGAUCUAGGAGGAGAGAGACAAGCCCUUUUGGACUUUGCUAAUGCUGUUUUGGUUAUCCCUGGGAACCAUAAGCUGGAUUGGAACCCGAGAGGUCUAGUGUGCAAUCAAUGGGUCGGUGUCAAAUGCAGCAAUGCAGCAAAUGGGAGGAAGAGAGUAGUUGAGCUUCAUCUUCCCGGGUUUGGAAUCCAUGGGUGUAUCCCAGAGCAUACAAUAGAUAUGUUGGAUGCUCUCGAAACUCUCCAUCUUGAGAAUAACUCGCUCACCGGACCGAUACCGCCUGGCCUCGGCCACCUCCCCAAUCUUAAGCACUUGAACCUAAGUAACAAUCACUUCACUGGCUCCAUCCCCUCACCCCUCGGGCGAUUUCAUCCUUCUUCAUUUGGAGGGAAUAAUAAUCUUUUCCUAUCUCACCGCCAUCCUAUUAUUACUACGACUACUACUACUACUUCUCUGGAUCUUGCGGGUGAUCUACCCGAUCCCGAUCCCGAGCACCCGCCGCUGCUUACUCUUUCAGUGUCAAGAAGGCUUCACCAAAGAAGGAGGACUUGGAGGAGUAAAAAAUCUAGAAAAGUUUGUUACAUUGUAAUAGGGUGUAUAUCCGGUGUAGCGUUUGUGUUUAUCAUCAUCUGUCUUG